AUGGCUCGUCUCACAACUCUUCUCUUUGCCCUGUGGCUUGGUGUGACAGUGAGCACAGUGGUUGAUCUGGAGAAGAGAGUCAUCGGAGGUCAUGAUUGUGGACCAAAUGAGCAUCUGUACCAUGUCAUGCUGUAUUCCAUUAAUGGAACACACGACGCCUUAUGUGGUGGCUCUCUGAUCAGUCCCCGGUGGAUUCUGACUGCAGCUCACUGCUACAAUCCUGGAUGGAAUGUCACCGCAUAUAUAGGAGUGAAUCCUAUACCUAAUCAAAAUCUUCGAAGUGUGGAAAUCACAGGUCAACAUGAGAUCUUCACAGACGUGACCGGCCAGCAACACGACCUCAUGUUACUGAAGCUGCCUAAUCCAGAGCUAAAUAUCGAUCCUGUACAACUUCCCAACUGUACAAAUCCUCCCAACAUGUGA